UCCCUCUGCUGUAAUCGGCCACAGAAUGGCCCUUUUCUUCCGCCUGGUCGUUCGCUGAAGACCUGCCUUUCCUCUCCUCUCUUCUUUCCUCUCCUCUCCUCUCUUCUUUCCCCUCCUCUCUACUCUACUCCUCUCUACUCUACUCUGCUCUACUCUUCUCUACUCUGCUCUGCUCUGCAUGAAACAGGAGGAUCCUAACCGGGGCCGCUCGCAUUUCUGCUCUCCAGCUGCCGUUCGAGGAGCAGCCCCAGAACCUCACCUCUCUUUUGGGGAAGAGAAGAGGAGAGGAGAGAAGAGGAGAGGAGAGGAGAGGAGCGGUGCACAACUCCUGGCUCCUUCACCACCAGCACCAGCGCCAGCACCACCACCAUAAACAUCCCACCAGAGAAGCCCUGGAUGGGAGUGGAGUGCCACGGACCUCACGCCCCCUUCAUCAACACCAGACCCACCAGAUACCAGACGACCACACCAGUGGAGAAGACUAGACUUGCCUGAGUGACCAGCCUGCACCAGUGCAGAAGACUAGACUUGCCUGAGUGACCAGCCUGAGUGCACUAGUGGAAAAGCCCGGAGUCUUACCUGCGAUUUGGGAGCAUUUACACUAGUGCCUUGUGACCCCUUCCACUUUAACCCCCACCUGGGAGCACUAAGAGAAGCCCCUACGAGCCUUACCCUGUGUGUUGGGAGCACUGCACACCUCCUGCCUGUCCCCCCACACCACCCCACCCCCCUGAGGACCCCCUAGCAGCACACCAUCUUCACCCGGAAUGGGACAUGGACGUUGGGCGUAAGGGGCAAGGGAAUCUCCCCGCGCAACAACAGCCACAACAACAACAACAGGGUCUGUAACUCUCUUCCAUUCCUGGACUGCACACAUCUGCUGUGUGUGUGUGUGUGGGUGGGUAAGGACUGGGGUGGCAUGAGGUUAAGCAUCAUGAGGUUAAGGUUGCCAGGUAUGGGUUUUCAUUCGUCUGGGGUGCCACUGCCGCCAAUGCUGCUGCCACUGCUGCUGGUGGUGGCGGCGGCGAUGUUUGGACCGCACCACGUGGCAGAGGGGGGGUGCGCGGGCAAGUGCUGUCGGGGAACGGACCUCUCCUGCCAGACCACCGACUGGAGGAUGGACCGCGUCUUCGGGACGUGCUUCUGUGACGAGAGCUGCCAUCGCACCAAAGACUGCUGCUUCGACUACCCCACCGAGUGUCCAGCCCAGCCGUGCGUGGUGAGCGAGUGGAGCUACUGGAGUGGGUGUGCGAAGCCGUGCGAGCGGUCGCUACGUGUGCGGAGACGCACCAUCCAGAGGGAGCCCACCAACAGUGGCGCCCCCUGCCCACCGCUUGAGGAACAGGCCGGCUGCAUGGAGUACAUGAACCACCAGGGACAACACUGCGCUCAGACACAAGGUCCAGCCCUCAUCACGUCAUUGGAGUACGGCAAGGGGCGGGCAGAACACAACAUGUACGGGGAACCCCUGGACUCUGGGUUCUGCAUGGAGUUUAAGGUGGAGACUCUCUCUCCGCACUGCAUGGUGGAGAACCGGCCGUUCACGCGCUGGAUGCAGUACCUGCGAGAGGGCUUCACCGUCUGCGUCACAUGCCAGCCUCCCGCCAUGCACAACGCCACGCAGGGUUGUCAAGGAGACGGCACCGACUCAAACAGGGAUGCGCUGCUGCAGUGGCAGGCGAUGGGCAACCCGCGCUGCAGAGGCACCUGGAAGAAGGUGCAGCGGCUGGAGCACUGUACCUGUCCUCAGGUGCACAGCUUCGUCUUCAUCUGACCACAAGCAGGCCACCACCCACCUACAGUACCACCACAGCCAGAGAGAUGGCUCUCACCUCACCUGAGCACAGGCAGACGCAGAGGCGGAAUCCAUGCCAACAUUCCAGAACGCCGUCAGGUUCUAUUCCAGAUUCUGGAAUGAAGGUUUUGUGCCUUCUAACUCAUUCUGAGCAAGUGAUGAACCUCCUGACCCAAGAGUCUGUAGGCCAGGGGAGGUUCCCAACCUUUUCCAACUUGGAGCCCACUUGAAAUAUUCACAAAUGUUCGGGGCCCACCACUUAGCCAAAUGAA